GGCCGUGUCAUUGCCAGCUGAGGUGGGAGGGGUCUCCACCCCUCAUCCCCUUUUCCCCCGCCCCGCUGCCCCGCCGCCCCGCCACUCCACCACCAGCUCCCCUCCAGUCUCGGCAAUACAUUCCCACAGGCUGUAAUCCUCCUAAAUCACCUACAGGACACCCCAUGCAGAUCCUUUCCACCCACUCCUUCACUUUCUCCGUCCCGUCCACGUCUCUCCUCUUUCCUGCCCCCACUCUCACUUCACGACACCCACGCUAAGGCUGUGAAAAAAAUUUAAAGUAGAGAUUUUCCGGCAUAUCACACAAGCUGUGGAAUAUUCGUGUAAAUCAAUAGUGGUGCUGGCGGGAUGACGAAAACGUGCCUUCCCUCGGGGAGCCGCGGCCCACUCCGAGGCUGCCCAAGCCCCACCAGGGUAGCACCGGCCCGCAGCCAGUGAUCUGUGGUCUGUGGAGGCCGGUACAUCUUCCACAGCUGCCACUAUUGAGACGCGAUGGUGCUGCAGUCCGUCCCAGAGUCCCUGGCCUGUGCCGCUUCCUGACCAUCUCGCUGGUCGCUGCUGCCCUGAGGCUUCUUGCGCCCUGACAUGGCUGGCGGCAGGAGGUGAGGUGGUGCAGCGCCAUGGACAACCUGACACUCACCAAUGAUACCAACGUCACCUUCUCCCAUGACUGGACGAGGAUCAUUCUUGAGACCAGUCAGCAGAACUACCUGGGCACGGGGGCGAGGGCGGCCCUCAUCACGGUGUACGCGCUGCUCAUGACUGGAGGCAUCCUGGGUAACCUGAUCCUGGCGGCGGUGAUCAGCCGGCGCCCUGAGUUGCGGCGGGAGCCCCACAACGUGUAUAUCAUUAACCUGACGGUCUCUGAUGUGAGUUUGUGCGUGGUGUGCAUGCCCUUCACGCUGCUGGGUCUGCUGCACAGCCACUACACGCUGGGAGACAUCAUCUGUAAGUUAGUGCCGACCCUGCAGUGCACCAAUAUCCUUGUCUCCACAGCAACCAUAGUUGCCAUCGCAGCUGACCGUUACUUCACCAUCGUGCGCGUCACCGCCAACAGCCGUGGCCGCGCUCGCGUGCCCUGGUCAGUGGCGGCCAUUUGGCUCGUGUCACUGGCCUUCACGCUGCCGCUGUUCGCUUACUACUACGUGAAGCGCGUCAUGUUCCGUGAGCUGCUGCUGUACGAGAAAUGCGUGGAGACGUGGCCGUCGCCUGUGGUCAAGUACAGCUGGACCAUCGCCCUCAUCGUCAUGCAGUACGUCAUCCCCAUUCUUGUGCUCAGCAUCGUGCACGUCCGCAUCCACAACUACCUGAGCUCUCACGCCAUGAACCAGCGGGACCCGCGGCGGGCGCAGCGAGACAUCGAGAGGAACCGCCGCACCACCAUGCUACUCACGUCCGUCGCCGCCACCUUCGCCGUCUGCUGGCUGCCCUGGCACGUGGUGAAUCUCCUGGCUGACUUCAACUACGCAGGAUUUGUUGAGGCACCAGAGUACUUCUACGUGGUGUUCGGCUCGUGUCACGCCAUCGCCAUGAGCUCGGCGUGCACCAACCCGGUUCUGUACGGCUGGCUCAACACCACCCUCAGGAACGAACUCUCGGCGCUGCUCACCUUCAGUCGCUGUAGGUGUAGCAGAAGGAGGACCUCAGGUGGUGGUACAGUGGAGGGCAUGUCCUUACUUGUCCACCCUCCACGCAACGGCGCCCAGGGAGGGAUAGGAAAGCAGUGCGUCCUAUCCAUCUCCCACGAAGUUAUGGACAAGGAGGAGGACAGGAGGAAGGAGAGAAGCCUGAAAGAGGACAGCAGAUUCGAAAGCAGCAAAGUAGAGUGCACGGAGGAAGACGGGAUAGAGAGGGAGAUGCAAACUGAGCCUCAAAAGUUAUUAGUGCCGAGGGACUGUGAGAAGAAUGAGGAGAAGAACAGUGCAAAGAGCAACGAUGAGGGGGAGAACCACAAGGAGCGCAAUGACGAUGGAAUAAAGAGAGAGGAAGAUGGGAAGGAGGAAGACGAGGAGAAGAUGAGAAGACUGGACUAUCACGAGGGAACUUCAUAAUCAUAUCAACGAAGCAACAUCACGAAGGCCUUCAACUUAGCGAUGGCGCGUUGGACGAAGACGAUAUAGAGAGCAGCAAAUGACUACAGUGGAGACGACGAUUCUAACGAGCGAACUAACAACUCAUUACAACGACUUUUAACAAACCUGCCACAUUAUACCCGUGAAGGACUACUGUGCAUCUCCUUCUACCACCUCCAUCAUCUCCACAACAACCUCUGAUGAACCUACAGCAUUUUACUUGUGCAGGAAUACAGUGCACCUCUCGCUACCACCACCACCACCACCACCGCCAUCACCACCGUCACGACCUUCCCCGGGCAAGAAAUAUUAAUCGAUACCACUCCUGUACUUAAUGAGAGUGUGCUGUACUUUCAUCUUUUCAAAGAAUCGGUGCUUUUUCCCCACAAGUGCCAGAAGAGUAACAAAUAAUAAUGGUUUUACCGGGGAGAGAAAAUGUGGACUAAUAUGUAUUGUGUAUUAUAUAAUGUUGCCACAUUUCUAAUUAUCAGACUAUUCUUUAUUUUUUACUUAUUUUUUCAUUCUUUAUUUUAGAGAGAGUAAAAGAAUGUGUUGCUCCCAGUAUCAGACUAUGUUUCAUAUUCAUCUCUCUAUCUAUCUAUCUAUCUAUCUAUCUAACUGGCUAUUCAGCUGAUUUUGUGAGAGGUUAAAGUUGUUAAUUUUGUAUGGCUUUGUGUUUACUGUUUAUCUGUUUGUUCAUUCACCUGUUUAUCCAUUUAUCUGUAUCUCUUUAUUUAUCAGAUUCUGUUAGACAAGGAUACUUAUUCUAUUCAUUAAUCAAUCCAUUCACGUGUCUGUCAAACUAUCGGUCUGAUUAUGUAAGAGGUAAAGAAACUGCUGAUCUCUGUAUGCAGCAUCAUUAAGCACCAUGUGUUAUUUAUCAGUCCAUAUAUUCCUCUCUUUACUGAUACUCGUCCCAAGAGUAACAAGAAGAGUCUAAGUGAAACCUCAAGUGACACCAGAGAACACUUGUUUCCAACCUUUAUGCUGGUGACGUCUCGAAUCCACAUCAACAGUUUCAAUUCAGCAUCAACAUUUUUUCCCCUUCACAAAUCAGAGAGAAAAGCAAUCAUCACAAUCUUCUCCUACUCCAGCAAAGUUCUCUCGACGCUAAGCAAGAAUGGUAGGAGGUGCUGAGUAUAAGUGAGGAAGAUGUCUCUGUGACCUUAUGUAAUUCCCUCUUCAUAUUCUCUAACUUCAAAAAGAGACAGAAGAGAGAAAAGUCUACAUAAGAAUCCUCCCCCAGUCCAGUGUAUUCUCGUGUGCUACGCAGGAAAGACAGACAGAGGGAGAGAAAGAAAGCAACGUUGUUUAUAAGUAAGGAACGUGUCUGUGUUGUCUCGUCUCUGCAUGAAGGAAAGAAGUGGAAGGAACACUGUCCCCCUGUGACUACUGCCUCUAUCUCCCAUUAACAAAGACAUUUUUCGCCGCCCGAGAUGCCCCGAGGCGGCGUCGGAGCUGAGUUACCUGCACGGGCCCCGCAGGCGACUCUCCUGAGCCGUGGAGGGGAAGGGAGGGGUGCGUAAGGUAAUAUUUCGAUGACGCAACUCACACCCAUCGGCUGGCGUGGUGUACUGUACCUCCCUCCCAUCCCUCACCCUCCACCGCCACCGUCACGCCCUCCCUCGGGAACUGGUGGAAGCAAGGAAAGAUAAUUACAUACAGCAAGGCAUCACCGCAGACAAUACCGUAAACAACGCUACCUACCACUACAUCAAGUUGACCUGUAUACAUAAUCAGGUAUUACUCGUACAGAGCUGUGGUGGUUCCUGUUCUGCGUACGAAAUACAGAAUUGGACGCUCUAGUGUUAAGACAGUCUUGUUUACUAACUUCCUAUGAUUUCUUUCCCUUCUAUCCCGAUGCUGAGCCUGUCUUCCUUAUUGUUCGGUUUCUUUCUUUUUAUGUGUGUAUAUGGAUAUACUUACCUGUACUUAUAUCCCGGCCUUCACCUGUGACUCACCCAAAACACAGUAAAGUUUCCAGUUGCA